GCCCGCCGCCUGCCCAGGUGGCAGAGGGGCCGAGACGGGACCGCGGCCGGAGCCUCGCGGCGUCCAGGCGCCCCUCCCCGCCGCUCGAGCCCUCCCACUUCCUCUGAGGGAGCCGGGCUGUCAGGGCGCCGCGCGCAGUGCAGGCUCCGGGCGCCGCGCAGAGGCUGCCGCUCUGGCUCGCCGCCCCCUGUCGCCGCUCCGCACCGGGUCGCCGCCGUCGCGCCGCGGGCCAUGGACCUGCCCAGGGGUCUCCUGGUGGCUUGGACCCUCAGCCUGUGGCCAGGGCUCGUGGACACCUUCAACGUGGACACCAGGAAGCCCCGCGUCAUCCCUGGCUCCCGGGCCUCCUUCUUCGGCUACACGGUGCAGCAGCAUGAAAUCAGCGGCAAGAAGUGGUUGGUCGUCGGGGCUCCGUUGGAAACCAGUGGCCACCAGAAGACGGGAGACGUGUACAAGUGUCCGGCGACCCAAGGGAACUGCACCAAGCUCAACCUGGGAAGGGUCACCCUGUCCAACGUGUCCGAGAGGAAGGACAACAUGCGUCUCGGCCUGAGCCUGGCCACCAACCCCAAGGACAACAGCUUCCUGGCCUGCAGCCCGCUCUGGUCUCACGAGUGUGGGAGUUCCUACUACACCACAGGGAUGUGUUCACGAGUCAACUCCAACUUCAGGUUCUCCAAGACUGUGGCCCCAGCUCUCCAAAGGUGCCAGACCUACAUGGACAUCAUCAUCGUCCUGGACGGCUCCAACAGCAUCUACCCCUGGGUGGAGGUCCAGCACUUCCUCAUCAACAUCCUGAAGAAGUUUUACAUCGGCCCUGGGCAGAUCCAGGUUGGAGUUGUUCAGUACGGAGAAGACGUGGUACAUGAAUUUCACCUCAACGACUACAGGUCCGUAAAGGAUGUGGUGGAAGCUGCCAGCCACAUUGAGCAGAGAGGAGGAACAGAGACCCGCACAGCGUUUGGCAUUGAAUUUGCUCGCUCGGAGGCUUUCCAGAAGGGCGGCAGGAAAGGGGCCAAGAAGGUGAUGAUUGUCAUCACAGACGGGGAGUCCCACGACAGCCCGGACCUGGAGAAGGUGAUCCAGCAGAGCGAGAGGGACAACGUGACCAGAUACGCCGUGGCCGUCCUGGGCUACUACAACCGCAGGGGGAUCAAUCCAGAAGCUUUCCUCAACGAGAUCAAAUACAUCGCCAGUGACCCGGAUGACAAGCACUUCUUCAACGUCACUGACGAGGCGGCCCUGAAGGACAUCGUUGAUGCCCUGGGGGACCGGAUCUUCAGCUUGGAGGGCACCAACAAGAACGAAACCUCCUUCGGGCUGGAGAUGUCACAGACAGGCUUCUCCUCUCACGUGGUGGAGGAUGGGGUUCUGCUGGGAGCCGUUGGCGCCUAUGACUGGAAUGGAGCUGUACUCAAGGAGACCAGCGGCGGGAAGGUCAUUCCUCUCCGUGAGUCCUACCUGAAGGAGUUCCCUGAGGAGCUCAAGAACCACGGCGCGUACCUAGGGUACACGGUCACGUCGGUCGUGUCCUCCGGGCAGGGGCGGGUGUACGUGGCCGGAGCCCCCCGGUUCAACCACACAGGCAAAGCCAUCCUGUUCACCAUGCACAACAACCGGAGUCUCACCAUCCACCAGGCCCUGCGGGGCGAGCAGAUAGGCUCUUACUACGGGAGUGAGAUCACCUCAGUUGAUGUGGACGGCGACGGGGUGACGGAUGUCCUGCUGGUGGGCGCACCCAUGUACUUCAGCGAGGGCGUGGAGCGCGGCAGGGUGUACGUCUACAAUCUGAGACAGGACUGGUUUGUUUACAACGGAACGCUGAAGGAUUCCCACAGUUACCAGAACGCCCGAUUCGGCUCCUCUGUCGCCUCGGUCCGGGACCUCAACCAGGACUCCUACAAUGACGUGGUGGUGGGAGCCCCUCUGGAGGACCACCACAGAGGAGUCAUCUACAUCUUCCAUGGCUUCCAAGGCGGCAUCCUCAAGACGCCAAAGCAGAGAAUCGCCGCCUCCAAGCUGGCUCCAGGCCUCCAGUACUUUGGCUGCAGCAUCCACGGGCAGCUGGACCUCGACGAGGACGGGCUGGUGGACCUGGCGGUGGGCGCCCUCGGCAACGCUGUGAUUUUGUGGUCCCGCCCUGUGGUUCAGAUCAACGCCAGCCUCCGCUUUGAGCCUUCCAAGAUCAACAUCUUUCACAGGGAUUGCAAACGCAGCGGCAGAGACGCCACCUGCCUGGCCGCCUUCCUCUGCUUCACACCCGUCUUCCUGGCACCCCACUUCCAAACGGCAACAGUGGGCAUCAGGUAUAACGCCACCAUGGAUGAGAGGCGGUACACGCCGCGGGCCCACCUGGAUGAGGGCGGGGACCGAUACACCAACAGGGCUGCCCUGCUCUUCUCCGGCCAGGAACACUGUGAGCGGAUCACCUUCCAUGUCCUGGACACUGCUGACUACAUAAAGCCAGUGACCUUCUCGGUUGAGUAUUCCCUGGAGGACCCUGACUACGGCCCCAUGCUGGACGACGGCUGGCCCACCACCCUCAGAGUCUCGGUGCCCUUCUGGAAUGGCUGCAACGAGGAUGAGCACUGUGUCCCUGACCUCCUGCUGGAUGCCCACAGUGACCUGCCCACUGCCAUGGAGUACUGCCAGAGGGUGCUGAGGAAGCCUGCCCAGGACUGCUCUGCGUACACGCUGUCCUUCGAUACCACAGUCUUCAUCAUAGAGAGCACACGGCGGCGGGUGGCGGUGGAGGCCUCACUGGAGAACAAGGGUGAGAACGCCUACAGUACCGUCCUCAAUAUCUCUCAGUCAGCAAACCUACAGUUUGCCAGCUUGAUCCAGAAGGACGACUCGGACGGCAGCAUCGAGUGUGUGAGCGAGGAGCGGAGGCUCUGCAAGAAAGUCUGCAACGUCAGCUACCCCUUCUUCCGGGCCACGGCCAAGGUGGCUUUCCGUCUAGAUUUCGAGUUCAGCAAGUCCGUCUUCCUGCACUACCUGGAGAUCCAGCUCACAGCGGGCAGUGACAGUGACGAGGAGGACAGCACCAAGGGAGACAACACGGCCCUCCUGCGCUUCCACCUCAAGUACGAGGCUGACGUCCUCUUCACCAGGAGCAGCAGCCUGAGCCACUAUGAGGUCAAGCCCAACAGCUCGCUGGAAAGAUACCAUGGCCUCGGGCCUCCCUUCAGCUGUGUCUUCAAGAUCCAGAACUUGGGCUUGUUCCCCAUCCAUGGAGUGAUGAUGAAGGUCACGGUUCCCAUCGCCACCAGGGGCGGCAACCGCCUACUGAUGCUGAGGGACUUCCUCACGGACCAGGCGAACACGUCCUGUAACAUCUGGGGGAACAGCACUGAGUAUCGGCUUGCCCCAACGGAGGAAGACAUGAGUCGUGCCCCGCAGCUGAAUCACAGCAACUCUGACGUCGUCUCCAUCAACUGCAACGUGAGGCUGGCCCCCAACCAGGAAAUCAGUUUCCACCUGCUGGGGAACCUGUGGCUGAGGUCCCUGAAGGCACUCAAGUACAAGCUGAUGAGAAUCACGGUCCAUGCAGCCUUGCAGAGGCAGUUCCACAGCCCUUUCAUCUUCCGCGAGGAGGAUCCCAGCCGCCAGGUCACAUUUGAGAUCUCCAAGCAAGAGGACUAUCAAGUGCCCAUCUGGAUUGUCGUGGGCAGCACCCUUGGGGGCCUCCUGCUGCUGGCCCUGCUGGUCCUGGCGUUAUGGAAGCUCGGCUUCUUUAGAAGUGCCAAGCGCAGAAGGGAGGCCAGCCUGAACCCCACCUCCACAGUGCUGGAGUGAGGCUCUGGAGGAGGCUGUGAGUUGAUGGGGGCCAGGACGCCAGCCCAGGCAGGGUGCAGGCCCAGGCCCGUGGCCCACCGAGCCGGGGUGGAGAGAACGCCAGCUCACUUUGCACUUGACCUCAUCUCCUGAGAGACCAAGUCUGCUCCCUCUGAAAGGAACUCAAGCCAGUUUCAAGAGGGACUGUCCUACUGGGAGGCCACUGCUCCUCCAACACAGAUCCCUUAGGAUUUAAAGGGACCCUCCCAAGGCACACCCCAAAGCCACCCCCAGGCUCUGUGGGGGCAUUUGCUGUCUCCACUACUAAGGUGCUAGGAACUCACCACCACCCCACCCUCAGAAGACAUGUGGAGAGGCCGACUCCAAAUGCAAACCCUCUCUGCACUCUCCAGACCUCUAGCUCCAGCAGGACCCAGUGGGACAGCAGAUCUCAAUUCUGCGCUGUCCUCCCACCCCCAUGCUGCCAAUGGUUCCCAAGUCACCCCAGACCAGAGACAGGUCCCCAGAAUGCCCCCUGAAUGAAGGGCUUGGUGUUGACAACCACUGGCCCAGCAUGCUCAGAGACUGUGCCAGACCGGCCGCAGGGACCUAGGAUCCCGGUGCCCACCAAGAUGAGGGGGGUGGGCUCUCCCCCCCACCCCCAACCAUGCGUUCACACUGACUGCCACCCACGUGCCCGCCGCAGGUCCGCCCCUCCUGCAGCUUUAGUUCCUGGGUGCCUGGUGGGAAGCGUGUGGAUGACGCAGUCCCCAGGGCUCUGCGUUCCCACUUCUUCCCAGGCGGCCUGUCCCAAUGCGCUGGUGUGGCUGCAUGCCUGGCGGCAGUGAGGGGUGGGGAGACUCCCCCUCCCCUCCCUGCACCAACCCCUCCCUAGACACACACACACACACACACACACACACACACACACACAGUCUCCCGCUCCUCCCUUCUGCCCAGCCAUCGCCCAGGCCCAGGAGAAGGGCUGGACCGGCGCAGAGGGGUCCUCUCUGGGACGCACCAGAUAAAGCCGGUGCAGGCACCCCUGGAGCAACCUCAGUAACAGAUGUCUGAUCUGCCAGCCCAUGGGACAAGUGGUACCACCAAUGACAGCACCCCAGGACAAGAGGCACGCCUGGUGCCCAGCCGAGUAAUUUAUGCCUUAACCUUGUUUUGAGGUAGAAAUGAAAGGGGGAUACGUCAAAGGCAUCUGUCCCCUGUCACAUAGUACGACCUUUACUGUCGUAAAUAUUUUUAAGAAAUUAAAAAAAAACACAAUGUUUAAAAACAA